GCCGGACGAUGUCGCUCCUUCACGGGAACAGGUGAGGUGAGGUGAGGUUACGUUCGCGUCGAACACCUGUUGUGUCAAAAGCGCGACGAGGUAUCCCGUAACCCCGAAGGCAGGGACGCGAGCCACGUAAAUCUACUCGACCAUGGCGCGCUACUUCAGAGAAGAGGACAUUGACGAGUUCCGGGAGUGCUUCUACCUGUUCGCCCGGAGCGGUCAGAUUCGCACGCUCGACGAGCUCACUAUAAUCAUGAGGUCCCUGGGCUUGAGCCCGACCAUCGCGGAAUUGAACAAGUACAUGAAGGACAAAGGUGGAAAGAUGUCCUUCGCCGAUUUCCUGGAAGUCAUGCACCUUCAGACUCGCGUGGAGGACCUACCGAAGGAGGUGAUCAAGGCUUUUCAGGCCGCCGAUACCUCUCGCAGUGGCACUAUACCGGCACGGCAGUUGGCGCACAUGCUGCUUCAUUGGGGAGAGCAAUUGAGUAGCAAGGAAGUGGAGCAGAUCUUCCGCGAGGCCAAUGUGUCGCUAAACGGGCACGUCAAGUACGAGGACUUCGUGAAGAUCGCGUGCGCACCUGUGCCCGAUUAUUAUUAGGGACUGAGCGGCUUUCAUAUUUAUUCUGAGAUGUGGCUUGCGCUCUUGUGCAUUCCUACGAAAUGCGCGGGAGAGGAAAGUACUUUUUUGUUUUGCAGGAGAAAGCGUGGUUGCGGGACUUCCAGUUACUGGAUGAAUAAAAUAUAUCUCGUUAUUUAUUCCCAU